CCAGGUGCACGCGCCGCCUGCCCCCCAGCGGGUCCCAGGCGCGCCCGGGGUUGGGGGGACCCGGGGACCGGCUGCGCGCACGGCGCCUCUCAGCGCUGCAUCCCUCGCUCGGCUCCCCACCCCGCCCUGUGAUUGACAGGCAAGAUGUCGGUGUGGAGCGAGGCAGGAGCCGUCACCCCUGGAGCCCGGCGGCAGCGGCAGCAGCAGCAGCGGCAGCGGCAGCAGCAGCAGCGACAGCGGCAGCAGCAGCAGCAGCAGUGUUGUCGCGGGGAGCAGACCGCAGCCAGCCGCAGUGGGCGCCGCAGCUCCGCCAGUCGUGCGCACAGCAUCCUGAGAGCGCGCUGAGCGCGGGGACCCGCGGACCAUGCCGUGUCACCGCGACCGGGAGGGGGGCAGGCGCGCUCCUUUUUGACAUAAAAGCCAGCCGGCCAAAUAGAUUUAUAUACAUAUAAUUCCGCCCUUGACGGAGCCGGUGUGCGAAGCGUGAGCUCUAUUUCUCUCUGCCUCCUCCUUCCACUCCUCCUCCUCCCCUUCCUCCUCCUCGCCCUCCUCCUCUUUCUCCUCCUCCUAAGUGUACAGACUGCACCCUACCACCUGGUUGGCUUCUGACAAACGGGCAUCUCUCCCUUUUUAGGGACCAGAGACACAGAGACAGAGAGAGGAGAGAGACAAGGGACAUUCUAAUGCAGACUGCCUGAUACUCCCCCCUCCAAAAAAAUAAUAAAUUUUGGCUCUUGUCCCCUCCUCCAACCCCCACCCCCUCAAGCUUGUGUGAGAUGUUGGGUUUCUUCAGGAGACACUGCUGAGAAGUCGCAGUGGUUGGAGAGGCGUAGGGGGGGUGGACUCCCUCUACCUCCUCUCCCUCCCUCCCCCUUUUUUCUUUCUGGGAGGAGGAGGUGGAGGAGGAGGAGGAGGAGGGGAAGGGGGGUUGCAGAGCGAGCGAUGGAUGAGGAAAACAUGACGAAAAGCGAGGAACAGCAACCUUUGAGUUUGCAAAAAGCCUUGCAGCAGUGCGAGCUGGUUCAGAACAUGAUCGACCUGAGCAUCUCCAAUCUGGAAGGGCUUAGGACGAAGUGUGCAGCUUCCAACGACCUCACGCAGAAGGAGAUCCGGACCCUGGAGAGCAAGCUGGUGAAGUACUUCAGCCGGCAGCUGUCCUGCAAGAAGAAGGUGGCCCUGCAGGAGCGCAAUGCCGAACUGGAUGGCUUCCCCCAGCUCCGCCACUGGUUCCGGAUCGUGGACGUGCGCAAGGAAGUCCUGGAGGAGAUCUCCCCUGACCAGCUGAGCCUGGAGGACCUCCUAGAGAUGACAGAUGAGCAGGUGUGCGAGACGGUAGAGAAGUACGGAGCCAACCGGGAGGAGUGUGCCCGGCUCAACGCCUCCCUGUCCUGUCUCAGGAAUGUGCACACAGCAGGUGGGAAUCUCUCCAAACAAGACUGGAUCAUCCAGUGGCCCACCACGGAGCCAGGGCAGGACAGCAACCCUGUGUGCCCCCCGGAGUCCAGUCCGUGGAUCCGCACCCACCUCUCCCAGAGCCCCAGGGUCCAGUCCAAAUGUAUCCAGCCCUUCUGUCACGCCAGCCCUACGCCUGGGACCCCUGUGUACACCCACGUGGACAGACUCACUGUGGAUGCCUACCAGAGCUUGUGCCCGCCGCCACCCCUGGAAUCAGGCCACCGCUCCCUGCCCCCGUCACCCCGGCAGCGGCACGUAGUCCGCACCCCACCUCGCACCCCGAAUAUCGUCACCACCGUGACCCCUCCUGGCACGCCACCCAUGAGGAGAAAAAACAAGCUGAAACCUCCGGGGACGCCACCACCCUCCUCUCGGAAACUUAUCCAUCUGAUUCCCGGCUUCACAGCCCUGCACAGGAGCAAAUCCCACGAAUUCCAGCUCGGGAACCGUGUAGACGAGGCCAACACACCCAAAGCCAAGAAGAAGAGCAAACCCCUGAACCUCAAGAUCCACAGCGGUGUGGGCAGCUGCGAGAACAUCCCUGCCCAGCAGCGCUCCCCGCUCCUGUCCGAACGCUCCCUGCGGUCCUUCUUCGUGGGCCACGCCCCCUUUCUGCCCUCCACCCCACCCGUCCACACGGAGGCCAGUUUCUCUGCAAACACACUGUCUGUACCACGGUGGUCACCACAGAUCCCACGCAGAGACCUUGGCAACUCCAUCAAGCACAGGUUUUCCACCAAGUACUGGAUGUCUCAGACGUGCACGGUCUGCGGGAAAGGGAUGCUUUUUGGCCUCAAGUGUAAAAACUGCAAGUUAAAGUGCCAUAACAAAUGCACCAAAGAAGCCCCACCCUGUCAUCUCCUGAUCAUCCAUCGAGGAGACCCAGCAAGGUUAGUGCGAACAGAGUCAGUCCCCUGUGACAUCAACAACCCUGUCCGGAAGCCAGCGCGAUACUCAGAUCUGCACAUAAGCCAGACGCUCCCCAAAACCAACAAAAUCAACAAGGACCACAUCCCCGUCCCUUACCAGCCAGACUCCAGCAGCAACCCCUCGUCCACGACGUCCUCCACGCCCUCCUCACCAGCACCCCCCCUCCCUCCCAGUGCCACGCCGCCUUCUCCCCUGCACCCUUCCCCACAGUGCACGAGACAGAAAAAGAACUUCAACCUGCCAGCUCCCCACUACUACAAAUACAAGCAGCAGUUCAUCUUCCCAGAUGUGGUGCCUGUACCGGAGACGCCCACCCGGGCACCUCAAGUCAUCCUGCAUCCUGUCACAUCGAAUACAAUCUUGGAAGGAAAUCCAUUACUUCAGAUUGAAGUGGAACCGACCUCAGAGAAUGAAGAAGGCCACGAUGAAGCGGAGGAGUCCGAGGAUGACUUUGAGGAGAUGAACCUAUCCCUCCUCUCGGCCCGGAGCUUCCCACGCAAGGCCAGCCAGACCAGCAUCUUCCUUCAGGAAUGGGACAUCCCCUUUGAGCAGCUAGAGAUUGGCGAGCUCAUCGGGAAGGGUCGCUUCGGGCAGGUCUACCACGGACGCUGGCACGGGGAGGUGGCCAUCCGGUUGAUUGACAUCGAGAGGGACAAUGAGGACCAGCUCAAGGCCUUCAAGCGGGAGGUGAUGGCCUACAGGCAGACCAGACAUGAGAACGUGGUGCUCUUCAUGGGAGCCUGCAUGAGCCCGCCCCACCUGGCCAUCAUCACCAGCCUCUGUAAGGGACGGACGCUCUACUCUGUGGUGAGGGACGCCAAGAUUGUCCUGGAUGUCAACAAAACCAGGCAGAUCGCACAAGAAAUUGUGAAGGGCAUGGGCUACCUCCACGCGAAGGGCAUCCUUCACAAGGACCUCAAAUCAAAGAAUGUCUUCUAUGACAACGGCAAAGUGGUCAUCACGGAUUUCGGGCUCUUCAGCAUUUCUGGGGUGCUACAGGCUGGCAGACGAGAAGACAAGCUACGCAUCCAGAAUGGCUGGCUGUGCCACCUGGCCCCAGAGAUCAUCCGUCAGCUGUCCCCCGACACAGAAGAGGACAAGCUCCCCUUCUCCAAGCACUCGGAUGUCUUUGCUCUCGGCACCAUCUGGUAUGAGCUCCACGCCAGGGAGUGGCCCUUCAAGACUCAACCAGCAGAGGCAAUAAUUUGGCAGAUGGGAGCAGGCAUGAAACCCAACCUCAGCCAGAUUGGAAUGGGAAAAGAAAUCUCGGACAUUCUGCUCUUCUGCUGGGCCUUUGAGCAGGAAGAGCGACCCACCUUCACCAAGCUCAUGGACAUGCUAGAGAAACUGCCAAAGCGAAACCGCCGCCUGUCACACCCCGGACAUUUCUGGAAGUCUGCAGAGCUGUGACCAUGGACAUGGGCCAGCGUCAGCUGACUCGCCCCCAAACCACCUCCUCCUCCCUGCUCUGCCCUCUGCCAGCCCAGGAGGCCCAGGCUUACCACCAGGGGAGUCCCAACACAGCCCAGCCUGGGAGACCUGUGCGAUGACCCGGACGCCGUGGAGGCUGACCGCAUCUUGGACUUGUACCCCUUUACUCAGGCAGGAUCAGGGACACCCCCCCCCCAAGCUAGGAUCAAACUGGACGAGUGAGGGUCCCGUGCACGGUAUGAAGAGCAGCAGACGCAACACAACAUCACCGGGCUGUGGAGACCCAGACCUACGGCCCUGUGGGCAGACUCCCUCCCAGGACCGGCGAGUGUGCAUGUGUCUACGUGUGGACAGGACCUCCAGCUUUCUUACCACCCGGACAAGCCUGCCCACCUGUGAAGUGUCCCAGAUGUGCUAUCCCAGAACGUAGGACAGGGAUGGAACCAGGAACGACAUGCCUGCUCCGUUGAGUCAAGGUUCCCAGGCCAAGGUCAGAGUGGAAAGGGUUAAGGCGAAGCUUGCAAACAUCUGUUUGUAGAGGCCCCAUUCCAAGCUGGAAGUGACUGCUAGCCCCUGGGUGCACAGCUCCGAAGGACACUAGGCAGUCCCGUGUGUCGUUUUACUAUGGGGCCUCUCUGGGGAGAAAGUCCCCCGGCUUUCCCCUUCAUCCUGUCUUGUAAGAACGUUGUUCUGACUCACCUCACAGCCCACCCUCCCCUGGGCAAAUUGGAGGACACCAUAGCAUCUCAGCUGAUAUGACAUCUGGAGGGUCCUUUGUAGCUCACCAUCAUUCAUGGUAUACACACACACACCACCACCACCACCACCACCACCACCACCACCACCACCACCACCAAAGUCUGAGUCCUGAGAACUGGGCCUGCAGCAAGAGAGUUCUAGUACAUUCUCUCUUUAGCGCUGACACUGCUGGAGUUGGUUCUCCCACAGUGACGGAUACAGGUCCUGGGUAUGCAUGACGGGUUACAUGGGUAUGCGAGUAAUAUUUACAAGGGUCUCCCAGCCUCUCACCCACUGCGUUCCUUGUCAGGGGGUGCAAGGAGGGAACGCAUCUGUGGAGGUUCCGUGGUCUCUGCUCUGGCCCAGUGCUGAGUCCUCUGAGUGGAUUCCCCCACUCAAGAUCCUGUGCCCCUCACACCACAUCUCCCAUGCCUUUCUUCUCUCCCUACCCAAGGGGGAAGGUUUUCUGGUCUGUGUUGGGCUCCCCCACCCCCUCCCCCACCACAGGAUCCUGCCUGAGGGAUGCUGAGAACGGAGGGUACAGAGUAAAUAGAAGGGAGUGCCCUGAGGCCACUGGUCCAUGUCCCCAAAGCCCUGUCCCCAGCGGUCACACUUGACACAUGAAGAAAAGCUGUCCCCAAGCAGAGAACUGGCAGAGGUGGCAGGACAGAGACAUCCAACCCAAUCAUACGGAAUUGUCCCCUUCUUUGGUGGCCCUAGGAUGCACGUCCUGGGGCCAAACCUGCUUGUAAAGCAGGAAGAUUGAUUGACAGUGGUCACACAUUCAGAAAGACUACCCUAUGACAUCCUCAAGUCUUUGCAGGGCCCUUCUCAAACCCCUGUACCUGUGCUGGGAGGACCUGGGGCCCCCACACAAAGUUGUUCCCACGUGAACAUCUCUCUCUCUCUCCUAGUAACACCUGUGUGUCUCCGUGGCUCAGCCUUCAUGCAUCUCAGAGACAUUUCACAUACGUGUGCUCACAUGCCAGGGCUCCCGUAUCACUAAGGACCGUCCUUAUGGGUAGCUGCAUCCUCAUCUAACAAGGCUGCCUUCUGAACUCAUCCCUGUGGCCAGGGCUGGGCUGAGAUCUGCCUCCCAGCAACCUACUAAGAACCUAGGAUUUAGUUCCUCCUUUCUCUUUAAUCCCAUCAGGACCUCUGUGGUCCAUGGACCCCCAGUCUUUAUCACGUGUCUUUGUAUCAAGAGAGGAAGUAAGAGAGGGCUGAGCCACUGGGAACCUGACGUUGUCACCAAGAACUGGAACCCAUUCAUCUGCUUCCCCUGUUUUCAGAUGAAUGACCCACUGGGGACUGGAGAGGGAGAUUUCUCCACAGUUCUGGGUGCUUCAAGGGAGCCAGAGGAAGGGGUUUCUUUACAAGGAGUGACCGAUCACCCACCUCCUAGGGUUCUGACCUGCUCUGAAUCUAGGGUCUAUGACUCUGUGAAGGAUUGAAAAAAAAAAAAAGAGUGUGGUGGUGACCCACCUGUAAUCCUGGCACUCUGAAGGCUGAGGCAGGAGGAUAACAAGUUUGAGGGCAGCCUGGGCUCCAUAGGAUUUCUGAAGACCUGUUUGUGAUUAAGGACUUGAAUGAUACAGGGAGAGUCCCAGCCUUCCUGGUUCCUCUGCCACUUAUGGGACCUGGGUCUCUUGGGUCAAAUGUCACCUCUUCUCUCUUGCUCUUUCCUGACCUCCACACCCUGGGCUGGACCUGUGCCUGGGCUCCAGGCUCCAUCCCUCCCCGGCUUCCCUCACUUCCUCCAGCUAACAGGCCCUGGCUGGCUAGCAGCCCCAUAAUGCGCAAACACUUGGAUCCAGGGAGCCAGCAAGUCUUCCCUGAGGAAGCAUCUGAGGAUGAUGGAUUCCUCUACCCUGCACAGAGCCAAAAGAAAGAGAAGGUUGCGUAGUUAGAUACACUCCCCCACCCCCCUACCACCAUCAUCACCACCACCCCGCCGCCGCCGCCGCCGCCGCCGCCCCUGGACUGUUCAGCAUCUCACUCUGGACAAUACCCCUUGUUCCGUCACACCAGCCACCCACUCCACUAGCACCAAAUGGCUUCUGUCUCUUCCUCGCAUCGCAAAUCCUUCGAGACACAGGCUUCAGAGGGAACAAGUCCUUUCUAGCUUUGUGUGGGGUCAUCUCCCAUGUCCCCAUCCCCAGAGCUAACCUAGAAACUCCAAGUGGUCCCUUGGAUGGUUUUAUGCGUGUUUUCUCUUACUGGUCAGAAGGGGAAGGGCCUGUGUGUCAUGUGCUUGGUCCUCUUGUUCUCUGUAGCAACUUGAACUCUUGGCCAAUAGGAGCCCUAGAUGGGUGUUACUCGGUUGGUGGCUGUAUACGGGAUACCUAGCGCAGGAGGUGGGUAGAGAGCUUGCCUAACACUCCUCAAAGCCCUGAGUUCCAUCCCAAGCACCACAUAAACCAGAUAUGAUGGUGCAUGACUAAGUUCCCAUACACAAGAGGCAGAGGCAGGAGGAUCAGAAGUUCAAAGUCAUCCUUGACCAUAUAGUGAGUUUGAGACCAGCCUGGGCACCAUGAGACCUUGUCUCGAAAAAUAAUUUUUGUAAAUUUAGGAGUCUUGGCACCUCCCACCCCAUGUUCACACACAAAGCCAGACUCCCGUCAACCCCCAUAUUCCUUGUCCCUAUUUGGACACGGCGACCUAAGGUGUACAGAUCAAACAAGCGCCACCCACUUUUAACCUGGGAUCCUCAAGCUCUGGCCUGCACAGUGGUUUUUACAUUCUUUGUAACUGAGGAUGAAAAACAAAAUCAAAAGAAUGAAAAUAUGACCCGGGCAAAUUUGAUGCAAUUCAAAUUUCCCAUCAGUCCCAUAUUGUCCCCAGCAAUGACAAAAUUAUUUGCAAGAGAGACCCCAAGACCCAUAGAGUCAAAAUAUAUUGUGGCUUGGUCUGUGGCCAACUGGGCUGGCCUGUGAUGUAGUGGGUUGUCUUACUGAGGAAUAAACCCACCAGAGUAGAAGGGAAGGGCGCCUGUGGGAAGCAGCCUCCAGAAUGACAAACGCUGAGAAGGGAGAGGCAGAUCCUGGGCCCUGGCCAGGUGUGGUACCUGCUGGCACUGUGAGUCAAGCCCUUGAGGCUAUUGUGAGCUCUCAGAUGUGUCCAGCCCAUCGCCCACAGACUGCCUGCACCCCCAAACAGCUGUGAAUGUCACACCCCACUACAAAACUGUAAACUGACUUAAAAUAUUAAGUUGUUCUUUUUUUCUAUUUUCCUUUUCCAUUUCUUUUUUCCCCCCUAAGGGUAUGAACUUUGUAGAUGACCACGCCAUGUCUCGGUGUCAAAGGUGCAGGAUGCAUGGCUCGCUAGGCUUCAAGGCUGCCUGGGUCAGUCAGCAGUGCUGGCAUAGGCACAGGUUGGCUUCAACAACAGAUACUCGUUUCUCCCAGAUCUGGGAUCAUCUCCGUGGUGCCUUUCUCCAAUCUCUUGUUUCUGGUGUCUUUUUCUUCUAUGAAUCCUAAGAACACUGCAUGUCUUCUUAAUUAGAGCCCCACCCCUCUGACCUCUUCAAAGAUUCUUUCUGUGGGAGUGGCCUUAAGGACUUCAACUGGAGAUGUUGGGGAAAGACUCAACGUGAGCAUGGUGGGAAGUCAUCCUUCAGUCCUGUACCAAGACCCUAGAGGUGGCUGAGGCCGUGGAUUUCCAUUAUCUGAAGGCUUCCCAUCUCUGGCUUUUCAUUUCCAUGCUGGCCCCAAGCUUGAGUCCCCAAACAGGCCCCCUCCCUGUCCUCAUGUCCUGCCCAUCUUCAUUACACCCAUCCACCCUCCUGGGGACUGGUCUUGUUGUAAGAGUGAUCCUGGUAAAGCCGAGCCUCCUUUUGCCCCUAGGUCGGCUUCUGUGAGAAACUACUACAUGCCAAGAGGCUUUUCACCAUCCGGCAGAUCCAGAGUCCAAAACAGAAUGUCCACAUGACCCACCCCCUCUGGAAUUUCUCAAUGUUUCCCUGUUGCUUCUUGACAUGUAAGGGUAUGUGGUAAACGCCAACAUUCCUUGGCUUGUGGGAGCAUCUCUCUAACCUCUCCCUUUGUCUCCACCAGGCACACGGGGCUCCUUGCAUCUCUCUCUUUGUGUGGCUCUUUUUAUGGGGACCCAGUCCUGUUGAAUCAGGACAUGGUGUAUGGGUUAUCAUUCUUGGGACUCUAACCAAAUGCCUGAGAGAAAGAACGCAAGGGAGGAGUUACAUAUUUUUUUGGCUCACCGUUUCAGAGGACCGAGUCCAUCACUGUCUGGCUCUGUGUUCCCUGGCCUGUCUUGAGGCAGAAUGUGAUGGUGGUGUGAAGGUGAGGAGGGCGAGCGUGUUCUUUGUGGUCAAUAGGAAGCAGAGAGAGAGAAUGAACAACACAGGGAGGGGCCAGGGUGAGAUGUCUCGUGGCCAUGUGCCCACUGGCACACUUCCUCCAGCUAGGACCUACCUCCUGCCUUUGGGCAUCACAUUGUGAAUCCAUCCAGGGUCUCAUCGUAGGUUAGGUCAUAGGUAUUGAACUGCCUCCAGAAACUACAUCAUAGACACCCAGAGGUGCUUCGCCGAUUCUUUAAAAAGCAUUUCUUAAUUCCAUCAAGCUGACACAAUCAAGAUUACCCAUCACAUCCCUUUACUGAAGUAUGAUCUCAUCGGAAGUAACACACCUUUGUGACCCUGUUUCCAAUCAGGGCCUGUUCUGAGGCCCUGGGACACAACUCAAAACCUAGUGCUCUCUCAGUGACUGUCCUCUGUAUGCAGUGUCAUCUUGGCUCCUUUGUGGCCAACCCUGGGUCCUCCAGAGAUAGAUUUCCCAGAAUCCAUGAGCUACUUCUCAAUCCUACUUAGGACAGAAAUGUCCCAUCCUUGAGUCCCGAUAGUCAUAGGCUUCAGCACAUGGAUUGUGAGAGCGGGCAAUGAAGAAGUACCAAUAAGGUCACUGGGAUGAGGAUUUGGAAAGAUCUGUGUAUAAAAGGUCUAGAAGGAUGAAUAUCUAGACCAAGGAGGGUGAAUGCGUAAUGUUCCUACCAUUGCCACCCCUUCCUCUAUCCUUGGCAGACAUUGCUAAUCAAUCCCAGCACACCUUCCAACUGCAGCCAUAGAACAUUAGGCAGGUAAGCCCCACAUGUGACUAUACAUGUGGAGAAGGGGAGAUAGGUUCCCCCAGAAAGCCCCUUCUAACAACCAAUGGUGGCUUUAGAACUCACACCUUGGAAUUUUCCAGAAACCCAGCCACUUGGGGACUCUCCUUAGUGGAGAGUCUGCUUGGAACUGUACAGGAGUUACUUUCCAAUUAGGGAAUUUGGCAAGCUGGGAAAGGAUUCUUUCCAGGUAACCCUGUAGCUGCUACCAUUUAGUAAACUGCUUGCUGCUUAGAGAGAAUCAUUUAUUCUCUGGGACAGCUUCUCUGCCACAAAACAGCUGGGCUGUAUGGCCACAAAGAUGGACAUCUGGAAAUAUGGCUGCACGCACAGCAGCAGGCUCAGAAGCAGGAAGGAGUUCUGAAGUUCAGCCAGGGAAGUCAGGAUAUGUGGCAUAAGGUGUUGGGAAGAAGGAAUCUGACCCUAAAUGCUUUUCCGUCUUUUGCCUGUAUGGAAGGCUCAACAUCUGAGUUUUCACCCAGUGGCCUCUCAGGUUCUCGUGGACCCGAAACUUGCUCUACUCCUGAACUCUUCAAAUGCCGCUGAUGACCAAUUUGGUGACCAAUAGGACCUUGCAUGGGCCACUCUUCAGCUCCUGCCCAAUCCCAUCUCUUGCCCAUGUGCUGAGGAAGAAUGAAAACUAGCCAUCGUGUACUUAGCUUAAAUGGAAUCUGGAGAGUGACGUCCCACUCCAUGGAGCUGGUAGUCAUUGUUUGAGACUCUGUGAUAUUUGCAUUGUAGAUCCUUAGAUUUGAAAGUCUGGUGAUUCAAACCAAAGCUUAGUUUUUCUUUUCUGUUAAUUUGAAGGGGAAAAAAAUACCAGCUUGGCUAUUUCUUCACAUCUUAAAAUGCCUUGACUUCUCUCCAUAACCCACUGCAGGUCCCAGGAUAUGAGAAAUGCUAGGUCCAGGAAUGCAAGAGGUAACUCUACCCAGUGACAAUGCCCAAGAAACAUCUAAUCAUGGAAAUAGAUGUCUGUGAUGUACAGAAGGCUGGGGGAACUCGCAGGGGCCAUAAAUGCACACAAGUGUGGGCAGUGAUCCAUGAAGCUGAGGUCUAAAGGAAGAGGAGGAGGCAGGAAGGUCAGACUGGCCGAAUUAGAAGUCUAUCAAUCUCAGUGCAGUUGACCUUGGACUCAGUCAAUUCUUGGGUUCCUGUUAUAGCCCAGGCUAGCCUCAAACCCUUGAUCCUCCUGUCCCUGGUGGAGAAACAGCCACUAAACAGCAUAACAGAAUGUGACUGCCCUGUCCCUGAUCUGGGUGUGGCUGAUGGAAAGUUCUCUGUACCAUGCCUUUAAUCAGAUCCAGGGUUCCCAGUGGCUCAGAAUUGGAGGAGGGGACAGAGGGAAAGGUAGACAUUGCAAAAGACUGAAGUUUGGUGAGCACUUUGGAAUUUGACACACAUAGUCAAGUGCCUCGUGGGAAGGAAGCUGGAUCACUGGGACUCUGCUCCAUGAGGGUCAAUAAGCCCCAUCCUCACCCUGCCCAGGGUGGGACACUGAUGAUCCAUGGAUGUCUCUGCUGUACACGGGCCAGGCACCAGCCCUCCUCCUGAAAUGCUGCUCUUAUCUGCUCCUGUUUCUUAACCAUGCUGUCCCUCCACCUCUCAUACAGAGCUCUGAUGUGUCAGCCUCCUGACCCUCAGACCCAUAUGGACACACUGGAAAGCCCCACCACAGACAGUCUUGCCAUGGUUUCUCUCUCUCUCUCUCUCUCUCUCUCUCUCUCUCUCUCUCUCUCUCUCUCUCUCUCUCUCUCUCGGCAUUGCCUUCACUCUAUGCAUAGGCCCACUGCAGUACUGACAUCAGAGACAUGCAGGAACAUGGAGAUCGGUGUUGAUAGAAAGACACCCACACCCUACAUAAUUCUCCAGAGAAAUCAUGAAUGUGUUGGGCAAAGCGCUGAUUUGUUAUGGAAGAAGCUGGCAAUAACCCAGGGGUCACAGAGAGCCCCAGACUGAAUGUGUAAUGGAGCCUAAAAUGUAGAAGAGAAUGCAUUAGCUUUGUUGGUAGGGUGGGGUUUCUUUCAUUCCUUGAAGUAUCUAUGUGGGCUUGAGGCAUGGAAAACAGCGCCUCGACCAAUUAUAGAACUCGCUGGGGUGGGACCUGUAAAUGAAUGGGGCACUCAGGUCUGCUUCAACUUGAUUCAACUCACAAUUCUCUGUCUACUUCCUCUGGCUAACUGUGGCCUCACCAACAAGUUCUCAGCGUCCUUGGCUCUGCUGGAGCAAUACUUUGGACUUUCUUAGCUUUGUGAAGCCCUUAGCGCUCAGUCUAUUGCUGGUCCCCAUGUGGGUGACUGCCAUUAAUAAACAGUGGCUCCAUAGCAUCCCGGUCUCUGACAUCUUGGCACCCGACUGAAUGCCUCACCCCAAAGUGUACCUCUCAGGAUAUCGCUGGGCACACGCAGCUGAAAUAGAGAGGCAGUGGGUGUCUCCUACCCAUUUAGAUGCUGAUGUCCUAGGGACUGUGAACAGGGACAGCUAGGUCUCCUAAGGAAUAGCUUGGAACAGCUUCCAGGUCCAGGGGGAACUGAGAGGUCUCCAGAAAGACCAUCCCCUGACCUUGGUAGAAGCAGGAAGCUUUUCCUUCUGUUCCACAGCCCCUAGGUCAAAGCCAAGGCCAUCAUCGGGGGCACACAAGUCUGGCUCCACAGGCAAGCAGCCUUGCCAUAGCAGGCCAGACUCUACAGCCCAGGUUCCCACUCCAGACCUGUUGUUCCUCUGUCUUUUGAUCUUUUCUUGGCGGUCUGCUCUAUAGACUCCUCUGUCAUAUGUCCCAACAGGUGGACAGCUCUCCAAGUCACCAACUUGAGGAAAAUCCCUCAUUGUAAAAAAGGCUUUCUUUGUAAAUUAUUCUGUUGCCUUUUUCUAAACACAAAGUAUAUAUACCUAUAAAUGCUAUAUAUAUUAUAUAUGUGUAUAUAUAUAUAAAGACUAAUUCUUGUACAGCCCUCCGCGGACCUCAGGCCCACACUGUUUUCUCCAUGUCUGUCUGUACUGACUGCUGCAGGAUGAGCUGAUGUAUGACCUUGGUUUCCCUUUUCCUUCUGGACCACUGUUUCUUUCCUCCCCUCUCUAGAUCUGUCUUACUCUCUGUCCCUUUCCCUUGUUGCCAACAUGUUGCUGGGAAAGAAUAUUUGAUUUAGAUGCCAUCCAAGAAAACAAGCAGAAUGGGUGAAUGGGUAGAUGGAUCGAUGAGUGGAUGGGUGAGUGGAUGGAUGGAUGGAUGGAUGGAUGGAUGGAUGGAUGGAUGGAUGAAUGAAUGGGUGGGUGGGUAGAUUGAUAUAUUGGUGGAUAUGUGGAUACGUGAGUGGAUGGGCAUGCAAGUAGGUGGGUGAACAGAAGAGUGAAUGAAUAGAAGGAUGGAUGGAUGGAUGGAUGGAUGGAUGGAUGGAUGGAUGGAUGGAUGGGUGGAUGGAUGGAUG